GGCAAGGGCGGCGGCGGCGGGGGGCCGGGUGGCCGGGGUCCCGGGCCCCGCAGGGGCGGCAGCGGCGGCGGCGGCAGGAUGAUCAAGCUGUUCUCGCUGAAGCAGCAGAAGAAGGAGGAGGAGUCGGCGGGCGGCACCAAGGGCAGCAGCAAGAAGGCGUCGGCGGCGCAGCUGCGGAUCCAGAAGGACAUAAACGAGCUGAAUCUGCCCAAGACGUGCGACAUCAGCUUCUCAGAUCCAGACGACCUCCUCAACUUCAAGCUGGUUAUCUGUCCUGAUGAGGGCUUCUACAAGAGCGGGAAGUUUGUGUUCAGUUUUAAGGUGGGCCAGGGUUACCCGCAUGACCCCCCCAAGGUGAAGUGUGAGACGAUGGUUUAUCACCCCAACAUUGACCUCGAGGGCAACGUCUGCCUCAACAUUCUCAGAGAGGACUGGAAGCCAGUCCUUACGAUAAACUCCAUAAUUUAUGGCCUGCAGUAUCUCUUCUUGGAGCCCAACCCUGAAGACCCACUGAACAAGGAAGCCGCCGAGGUCCUGCAGAACAACCGGAGGCUGUUUGAGCAGAACGUGCAGCGCUCCAUGCGGGGUGGCUAUAUUGGCUCCACCUACUUCGAGCGCUGCCUGAAAUAGGGUUGGCGCAUACACACCCCUGCCAGGGCCACCAGCCCCGGCGUCCCCUGCAAAUAUUUAUUGGGGGCCACAGGUGGGGGGGGGCAUGGGGCAGCCGGUGGGGGAAUCCCAUGCCCUGACCUGCCACCCCUCCCUGCCACCCGCUCCUAGUUUUUUUUUUUUUUUUUUAAACCACCAUGUGAUUGAGGUCGGCGCUGCCUCCCCCGACCCGCUCAGCGAUGGGAAAUGAAUUGGCUUGUCUAGCCCCACGCUGGGUGCUGUCCAGCCCCCCUAAUCUGGGCUCUGGGGUGGGAGGCCAAGGGUGGCUGGGCACCCGGCACCCCACCCCUGCACCACUGGAGGUCCCGCCAGGCUAUUAAAGGGGAAUGUUACUGCA